UAUAAGACAAGCCACACAAUCAUGGAAGCAGCCACACACGCGGCGCCAGACGCGGGGCCGGCACAACAACACCACCAGCGGCAGACACAACAGCCCCAGCGGCCAACGCAGCAACAAGGGCGACGCCGCGACGCCGGCCGGCGCCACGCGUCCUUCCGCGACCUCAAGAAUUUAAGUGUGGACGACUGGUGCGCCCUCUUCCGCAUCGACCGGACGACGAUCAACGCGAGCGCGCGCGACCGGCUGCGCUGGGCGCUCUCGUCGUUACGGGAGCGGCGGUACCGCCACGACGAAAUACUGGAGCUGGGGGAGGACAUGGUCGUCGUCGUCGAGGGGACCGUCGAGGCCGACGAGCGGUUGCUAAAGGCGCCGUUCUUCGUCAACGAGUGUGUGAUACUAGACGGCGCGCCCGAAACACGCGUUUACAGAGUCGCCUCGGACCGUUGCAGAUGCUACGCCGUGAACAGUGCGGACGCGGCACUAGUCAAAGCCGCCGGGGGCUUCGACGCGGACCGGACGCGGCGUUUGCGAUCCUUCGAGCGGCGGCUCGCUUUGAAAGGCGUCGACGCGGAGUUGCUGCGCGACGACGCGGUCUUCGCGAAGCACGCUUCCUCAUAUCUCGCGCGGCGCUGCGACGCCGAGCCCCUGCGGUUUUUGGUUGACUCCGAUGCGGUCCUCGUACUGAGAGAUCGGCCCUUCGUUGAGGUGUUAAGGGCCUUCGACGGGCUCUGGCGGGUCUACGCCCGGCCCUGGGACGCGUUCGCCGACGUGAGCGCCGUCGCCGGCGACGCGACGACGCGGCGGCGACUCGGAGACGAGCGGGCCAAGGCGGUCCAACGCGCGGACGCCGGGCGCCUCCUCGAUUGUGUAGAGGGGAUCGUGGACACGGUCAAGCGCGACCUCGACACGCGGUUCCUGCCGGCCUUCGUCGCGUCGGAGGCGUACGCCGUCUUCGUCCGCGAGCGCUUCCCGGGGCGCGGCCAGAAGCGCGUGCCGGUCCCGCGCGGCGAGGUCUUGGUCGCGCCGGCGGCGGUUUCGACGUGUGCGGUCUCUUGA